AUGCUUGAACUGUUCCCACAGUCCCACAUGAGGAAACUUCUGAAAGUCGACAUCAACCAUGCCCAGAACAUGCUGGAUGAAAUUACCGUGCACCGUAGAAUGGCCAGGAGCCUGGAUUUCCUGGGCUCGGCACUCAAGGUCGUGGCGGGCACGUCCGACGCGGAGGACCUCUUUAGAAUCAAAACUAACGAAGCAGCCCUAAUAGAGGCAAACAAUAGGCAGCAACCUCCGAGACCCUCCAGCAGAAAUGCAUCGGCAAGCACCUCAGCGGUGCAAACUUUUUUCGCGUCCGGCACUUCAGCCGUCCUACUGAGCACAGCGAUCAUUGACGUGUGCCAUUUGGGGACGAACUACCAAGCCCGAGCCUUAAUCGACUCGGGAUCCGAGGCGACGUUCAUUUCAGAGCGCCUGUUCAACCUCAUCAAGUUGCCAUUCCGCAACACCCAGACCCAAGUCUCCGGGUUAAAUCAUUCGGUCUCCGCGAAAUCCUCGAAGCUGUGUCACUUCGGGAUUCGCUCUCCUACUAAGCCAGGUCUACAGUUAGACACUGAAGCGUACGUCCUUCCGGAGCUCUCAGGCAAACUGCCCUCCUAUCCGAUCCCUCGGAAUUCUUUGAAGGACCUGCCCGCACUCCGCUGGGCAGAUCCUACCUUUUUUGAGAGCUCUCAAAUUGAUGUACUGAUCGGGGCUGACAUUCUACCAUCCAUAAUGAUGGAUGGCACCCGACAAAAUAUUUGCGGCUCGCUCCUGGGCCAAGAAACUAUUUUCGGGUGGGUGCUAACGGGGCCGAUUUCCAAGGGUAAGCCGAAACGGGUCGCAUCCUUCACGACCCAGGUGCACCAAAUAGGCGACCCUGAUUCGCUCGACACGCUUCUCAGCAAGUUCUGGGAGGUGGAGGAUCUACCAGUAAAGAUGGUAAAAGAGUCGGACUCCUAUUGUGAAAGGAACUUCCUCCAAACAACAACAAAAGACGCAAGCGGGAGGUACGUGGUGACGCUCCCGUUCCGGGACCCCGAGAAUACCGGUUCCGAUUUAGGAUAUUCAAGGUCCAUUGCGUUAGCUCAGUUUCUUAGAAACGAAAAUCGUUUAAAAAGAGACUUCCCCUUAAAAGAGCAAUAUGACAGCGUGAUCCAGGAGUACCUGGAUCUGGGUCAUAUGAAAGAAGUUCCGCCGACUCACAAUUCUCCCUCGUAUCAUCUUCCUCAUCACGCGGUAGUUAAGCCCGAAAGCACCACUACAAAGCUUCGCGUUGUAUUCAACGCUUCAAGUCCGUCGGCAAAUGGGACCAGCUUAAAUGAUAUCCUUCAUGCUGGUCCAGUCUUACAAUCCGAUCUAACGAUCCAGGUCCUGAAAUGGCGUUAUUUUCAAUACGUCUUCAGUGCAGACAUUACGAAAAUGUAUCGUCAGAUCUGGGUCGAUCCAAAACAUACCCCGUUUCAAAGAAUUCUGUUCCGAAACAAGGAAGGAGAUAUCCGAGACUUUGAACUAAAAACAGUUACCUUCGGGGUCAACUGCGCCCCCUUCCUCGCCAUUCGAGUCUUGCAACAGCUGGCAGAGGAUAUCCAAGCGCCAUUUCCAAAUGCCAGCCGCAUCAUCCAGCAGCACAUGUACGUCGACGACGUUCUGGCAGGGGCGAAUUCCGUAAACGAAGCCCAAAGUUCGAUUCGAGAGUUGCAAGCAGCCCUAAGUGCCUCCGGGUUUCCGCUAAGAAAGUGGACCUCGAACAACAAAAGCGUCCUUAAAGACGUCCCGGCCGAACACCUCCUUCAUAGCGAGUUCCUCGACAUCGAUGCCGAAAGCACGACCAAGACGCUCGGUAUUCGAUGGAGGGCAAAGUCCGACGAAUUCUAUUUCGUUCCCCCCGAAAUAGUUGUGGAACCCUCCUAUACAAAGCGAGAAGUUUUGUCCCAAAUCGCUAGGUUGUUCGAUCCUGCCGGGUGGCUCGCGCCGUUCAUAAUCCGUUCAAAAAUGUUCAUGCAGGAGAUUUGGUUGCAGAACUUAGGCUGGGACGAUAAGCUUCCCACUGAAAUGAGUCAGCGGUGGCAAUCGUUUUUAGACGAGUAUUCCGACCUCAACCAGAUCCGCGUUCCGAGAUGGAUCUGGUACCAGCCUGAGGUAAUCAUAGAGCACCACGGUUUCUGUGACGCGUCUCAGAGAGUCUAUGGAGCGGCUAUAUACAUCCGCGUCGAGAUGGGGCAAAGAAUCCUGACUCGCCUGCUUACAGCCAAAACACGAGUGGCCCCGGUAAAAACCGUCUCCCUUCCUCGGCUAGAGCUCUGUGGUGCCGUGCUGUUAACCGAAAUGGUGACAGCAAUCCUUCCGCACAUGCCCUCCGCCAAUUCAGAUAUCCGCUGCUGGACAGAUUCCACAAUCGUCUUAGCCUGGCUACGAAAGCCUGCGUGCAACUGGACCACAUUUGUGGCCAACAGAGUUGCCAAGAUCACGCAGGCGACGCCAGUCGACUGUUGGGCACACGUUCGCUCAGAACAAAAUUCCGCCGAUCUAGCCAGUCGAGGCGUAUCCCUACAUGAAUUGGCAGAAAACCAUCUCUGGUGGCACGGACCAGAGUGGCUGCAAGGGCCACGAGAGCUAUGGCCAGCACAAAGCGACACUCUUCCAGUGACAGAACAAGAACAGCGCGCGGUCAAAGUGCAUUUUGUCAAGGCCCCGUCCAUCGACUUUCUCGAACGUUUCUCCAAAUUGGACAAGGCCCUGCGAGUUCUGGUCUAUGUUCAACGCUUCCUUAAACGCUGCCGCAAAGGUUCGUUCUUGCCCAAUUCACGCCCUACAAGUGAAGAGAUCCGGGAGGCAGAACGAACUCUGACCUCCAUUGCGCAGCGCAGAGCAUAUGGCCAAGAGCUUCAGCAUUUGACCGAGAAAAGGCCUCUUCCAGUGUCAAGUCCUUUGGUGAAUUUGUUCCCGUUCAUUGACCAACACGGCCUUUUAAGGGCGUGCGGCCGUCUCACUGCCUCCAAAACCCUGCAAUAUGAUGAACGUCAUCCGAUUAUUCUCCCCUAUGACUGUAGACUGUCGCGCCUCAUCGUCCAAUUUACCCACCAGAUUACUCUUCAUGGCGGUAGUCAAUUGAUCGUACGCCUGAUCCGAUCGAAGUAUUGGAUUCCUAAAAUCAAGAAUCUGGUGAAGGCUGUGGUCAAUCCGUAUCCCUCAGAUUUGCUGGCCCUCACACCAGGCCAUUUCCUCAUUGGAGGGCCGUUGCUUUCCACGGCGGAACCCGAGAUAAAGGGCGAAGCCAAGUCGAUAAUAAAUCGAUGGCAACACCUCAAGGCACAACAUCAGCAGUUUAGUGCACGGAACCUCCAAGCCGACGAUAUGGUAGUUGUCAAGGAGGACAAUCUACCACCGAACGAAUGGCGGCUCGGCAGAAUCGUUUCUGCCUUUCCAGGAGCCGACGACCGCAUUCGAGUCGUUGAGAUCCGUACGUCUCGCGGCACCAUAAAACGCCCUGUCCACAAGGUUAUUCUUCUACCGAUGAAGGACAAAGAGUCCUCCGUUCCUAGGGAUUAG